AUGAGAAGAUACUCGCCAGAGCCGAGCUUGUGGUGUAAGCACUCGUUUCCUCUCGAAAAGCCGACCACCGAGGUUCAGUCGUGUUGUCGAUACAAUUUGCGGUCUAUUGGACCACUUGGACAAGCGUUGACACCCCCUGGCUUUAAUCUGCAACAACUGCAACCUAGCGCUGCGGUCAGCGAUCCCGAGCUACAGUUAUACUACGUGACCGUCAACAGAUUGGAUAUGACGAUCGAGACCAUAGAAGGCUUCAGCUUCGUCAACCGCGUCCUCCUCUACGUCAGCACAGUCCUCGCACCAGCCCAGUAUGUCGCCGGUGUGGGCAGCAACUGUCUCAGCAACCUGGGCUUCCUCAGCUACAACAUGUACCAGCAAUGGAUGUGGUACAAAGUAGUCAGCAGCCGCGAUAAUACAGACUAUGUCGGAGCGCUGUACUUGCUCCUUCCCUACUUCAACAUGAUCUUCGCUAUUUCCUACGUUGCAGGUAUCAGCACGCGGCAUUGGUUUCUGGCCUUUCUCCUAUGGGGAGGGACUACGUUUAUGAUUGUCGUGAACACGAUCGCUACGUGGAAGGCAUACGAGUAUAUGAAAGACGGUUAUGGAGUGUACGACUUUUGCUUCUUCGGCUGUCGCGAACUCGACAUCGAUUGGCAUAACUAUUUCUUUCGGAUUUGGACCAUCUCAGGCACGGCCAUGUGUGUUGUCUCAGUUAUCUGGACAAUUGCUAUGGCGGUUCUGGCAGUCAAGAAGAACUCCGAUAUCAAUAAAUUCAUCAGAGCUCUUGGGUGGAACAAGUUCAAACUUGUCAUUGUGGCUAUCUUUCUCGGCAGCUUCUUCAUGACGAUAGGGUUUUGGCCCAUUUUUCUCUAUCUCUAUAGGCACUUGAAGAAGGACCCGCGUUACUCUGGCUUUCGGAACGCACUCGCCCACAAGCUAGAGAAGAAGGGGUGGGAAACCAUCGCAUGGUUAUGCAGCGUCCCUUUUCUGUCAGUCGGGAUUUGGCCGAUGGUCCUCUGGACAGAAAGCGUGAUGAGACGCAAUGACAUUUAUUCACCAACAGACAAGAUUGCCAUUAUCUUGUUUGCGUUUCAAAUUGCCGCACUGCUGAUGCCAAGCUUUUUGUGUUGCGAAACGAAAACAGACGAUGACGAUGAUGAUGACGAGGACAACCGGCGCAACAGCAACCCCUACAAGUAUAGUAACAACGUUGCUCCAUAG